AUGAAUUGUGUAAAUUGCAAUGCAAAAAUUCAAAACCCCGAUCCAAUUACUUAAUGUCCUCAUUGUAAUCAUCCAUAUUAAGAUUGGUAUUUCAGUUGUGAAAAUAGCAUACUCUUAGUUGAUAUGAUUCUUUGUAAAGUAAGUGCUUAUAGACAUUUACUAAUUAAUAGUUAAGUAAUCAUUUUUUUAUUUAACUUAAGUUUGCUCUAAUUCCAACCUCCAUUAUUUUAUUCAUCACUUAUAUACUUUUAGAACUUUUCUACAAAUAUUAAUCUAAUAUAUUACAUAAAUAAGAAUAAAAUUUUGAAGAUGUUUAAAAAUAAACUAUUUAUAUCACAUUAGCCCUCUUAUAAUAAAUUUUUACAAUAUACAUCAUCUCAUUAAUUAUAUUCAGAAAACUUUAACAUUAAUAACUCAUUACUGGUUUGAUUAUAUCCUAAUUUGGCAGAUUAGCUAUUAUUAUGUUUGUUAUUUGGGGUCAUUAGCCAUUCUACAAAUAGAUGGCUUCUCUUUCAAUCGUAUUGAGUGAAUGGACUACUAUAAGAUCUUUGUGUGAAUAAAAGAAUGAGUGGUUAAAAAGUGGCAUAGUCAUCAUUUUGACUGUACUUUUAAGAUAUUUUGUGAACAAUAGUAUCACAAUAUUAUGA